UUUUGAACAUUUUAAUGGCCUUUUUGCUCCUAUCCUGUCUCCUUGAUGGCUCUCGCCCUCCUCCGCCUCCUUGUCCCAUGCCGAAGACACAAAAACCCUCUCCUCUCCCAUCUCCUAAACCCUAAAAUUCCUCUCUUUCUCCCCUCCUCUCCUCUCUCCAAAACUCUAAUCCCCCACCUCAAAACCCUAACUUCUCGCGCCGGCGCUCCAGAACAAACCCUAGUUCUCACCAAGGACGAGCGGUUUGGGUCCUCGGAGGCGGCCAGGGAUGAGGCCACUCCGGAGGCGGGAACCAUCGCCGCUAUCGUUACUUCAUUGGGUGGUGGCGCGGCUGCGGUCGGUAUUGUUCGGCUUUCGGGACCGACCGCGGUUUCCGUGGCGGCUCGGGUGUUCCGGCCGGUGGGGAGGUCCAAGGAGGCGUCUUGCGCAUUUUCCUGGAGGCCCAGAAGCCACUUCGUGGAGUAUGGGUUUGCUUUGGACCAGAAAGGCAAUGUCAUCGAUGAGGUUUUGGCAAUUCCUAUGUUGGCACCAAGAUCGUAUACUAGAGAAGAUGUGGUUGAGCUCCAGUGUCAUGGGAAUGAUGUAUGCUUGCGUCGGGUAUUGGGAGCUUGCUUAGAAGCAGGAGCAAGGCUUGCAGAACCUGGUGAAUUUACCCUUCGUGCUUUUCUAAAUGGUCGCUUGGACCUAUCUCAGGCUGAAAAUAUUGGCAGACUCAUUUCAGCUAAGUCUGUAGCUGCAGCAGACUCUGCAUUGGCUGGGAUUCAGGGAGGCUUUUCUUAUUUAGUCAAGUCACUGAGAAAGCAAUGCAUCGAGUUGAUUUCUGAAAUCGAGGCUCGUUUAGAUUUUGAUGAUGAAUUGCCGCCUCUAGAUUCAAACAUGUUGAUCAAUCUAAUAGAUGAUAUGUGGCAUGAUGUACGGCAGGCAUUGGACACUGCUAAUUAUGAUAAACUUUUGCAGUCUGGUCUACAGAUUGCAAUCAUUGGUCGGCCAAAUGUUGGAAAGUCGAGCCUCCUCAAUGCUUGGAGCAAAAGUGAUAGAGCAAUUGUUACUGAAAUUGCUGGAACAACAAGGGAUGUGGUCGAAGCAAAUGUGACUGUUCAGGGUAUUCCUGUCACUCUUCUUGACACUGCUGGCAUCAGGGAAACUGAUGACAUCGUAGAAAAAAUUGGUGUUCAGAGAUCAGAAGCUGCUGCCCUGGCUGCUGAUGUGAUUAUUAUGACAAUAAGUGCAGUUGAUGGAUGGACUGAGGAUGAUACGAAACUUGUUGAGCACAUUUGGAAGAAUCAGAAGUCUACAGGUUCAGCCAUACCCAUGAUACUUGCUAUCAACAAAAUAGAUUGUGCACCAUAUUUUUCAGUCCAAACAUUUGAGGCAGUUGGCAACUCUUUCACGAAGCAUGUCCAAACAUGUGCUGUCACUGGUAAAGGCAUCCCAGAACUGGAGAGGGCUGUACUAGAUGUCAGGGGCCUUGACCCCAUUCCUGCAGGGGGACGUAGGUGGACUGUAAAUCAGAGACAAUUUGAGCAACUCCUGCGAACUCAAGAAGCUCUCUCAAGACUGAAGUCAUCUAUAAAUGAAGAACUGCCAAUGGAUUUUUGGACAAUCGACUUGAGGGAAGCAGCAUUAGCCCUUGGGGAGAUAAGUGGGGAAGACAUUUCUGAAGAAAUCUUAUCGACCAUAUUUGGCAAAUUUUGUAUUGGCAAAUGAAUCACUAAUGAGGUCUCAUACUUUAUGGAGCUGAAAUUAGUAACUGGUCUUGGAGGAGCAAUAGAUAAUUCAUUAUUAGUUGUUGACAAGGGUGUGGCAAUACAGUAUAAUCAUUGGCAAAGUAUGGUGUUUAUAUAAUUAUUGGUGGCCACUGAUGCUAGUUCGAGGUUGAACAACUCUAAGCCAUCACAUAGAUGUUUGAAGGUAUCUGAAGAGUGUUGAUGCUGAGGUGAACCCUGCAGAAGAUUCGAGGGUUCUCAUGUUCCAAACACCAAAAUCAUGCAGGUCGACAAUAACCCAUGUAUUUUGGGGGAUGUUUUCACAGACAGCAGAUUACAUAAUAGUAGCAAAGCAUCUGUAAUAUUACAUGAAAUCAUAAGAAUAGUGGCAAAACAUGUGUAAAAUUACAUAAACUUAAUGAAGAUGAGAUGAUUAGUUGGGCACAUCAU